AGAAGACCCCUAUAAAAAUCAUAUACAUACAGAUUCUUGUGUAUAUUUUCUCUGUGCUUGGGCCAAAAUAAUGAAUAAUCAAGGUAAAGAAGAUUAUGGCGAUAUUGGAAGCGAGGAUUUUCCGGAUGAGUUUCAGUGUUGUGUAUGCUUGGAUAUCAUGUACAAACCGGUUGUAUUAGCCUGUGGUCACAUAUCUUGCUUCUGGUGUGUUUUCAAAGCUAUGGAUUCUUUCCGGGAGUCACACUGUCCAAUUUGUCGCAACCCAUAUAAUCAUUUUCCCAGUAUUUGUAGAUUGCUACACUUCUUGCUUCUGAAAUUAUAUCCAUCAGCCUACAAAAGAAGGGAAAGACAAGUUGCAGAAGAAGAAAAGAAAUAUGGACACACUUCUCCACGGUUUGAUGGCUUCUCUGAUUCUCUUUCUGAUAAAGCGCUUGGCGUUCAAGACACCUCUCCACAUACAGCUGCCACGGUCUUUAAUAUGACACAGAGAAGGGACUCUUCCCUCAUUCAAGAUUCUUCAGUAAAUGAAGCUAAUAUGACCAUGAUUCCUACAACCUCAAGUCAGGAAAGCACUACAAACAUGGCAAAGCAAGGAGAUAGUAUGGUCAAAUCUGAAGUUAAAAAUGAAGCACGCAAGCAGAUCCUUAUGACUGACUUGCAGUGCACCCUGUGCAAGCAGCUGUUAUAUCGACCUAUAGUUCUUAACUGUGGCCAUGUUUAUUGUGAAGCAUGUAUAAACAAUCAAGUUAACAAGGUCUGCAGAUGUCCAGCGUGUCAAAGUGUGCAUCCAAAUGGAUUCCCAAAUGUUUGUUUUGUUUUAGAGCACUUCCUGGAGGAGCAUUUCCCCGAGGAAUAUUCAGCAAGAAAAGUGUCUUUAGCUGACCAACUACAUACAAAUCCAUCUGAACGUACGGCCAGGAAGCGGGAGCAAGCAACUGAGUCUUCGUCAUUUCCUAGAAGGGCUUACUUAUCAUGGCUGUCUGACCGUGGGACAAAGUUUCACCCUGCGGUUGGUUGUGAUUGGUGUGGGAUGUAUCCUAUUGUUGGGGAACGAUACAAAUGCAAAGACUGUGUUGAGGAAAUAGGCUUCGACCUCUGCGAAGAGUGUUAUAAGAGUUCCUCCAAGCUUCCAGGUCGAUUCAACCAGCAGCAUACUCCAGAACACCAGUUCGUGAUCGAGAAACCUAUUUUCCAGUUGAGAUUUGAAGCUGUACCUCCUGAACAUCAUGAUACUGGUAGCCUGGGCAUCACUGAAGAAGUUAUGGUCUCCAACUCGUCAAAUGACACUUCACAGGACGAAGUAGAUGGUGCAGCAUCUCUGAAUUUGUCACCCGACUCACUACAGGAUCUGGGAAAUUCUAUUGCAUUGCCCGUUCCCUUCAACAAUCCUUCAGAAGAUCAAGAAUAUACCGACUCUGGAACUUGAAAUCGUGUUAGGUUAUUUACCAAUGUACCAGUCUGAUGGCUUGUCUGUGGAGGUGCACAGAGUAUUGGAUGGUAUUAAAGAAAAGAAAAAAACAAAUAUUUAGUCCUUUGUACUAUUGAGCUCUACCAGGUACUGUAUAUGGAUCAUACAUGAAUCUAUUUAGGGUCGCUCUCAAAUAUUGCAUUUGUUAGCAUUUUGUCUAAAGAGUAACAUGUUUCCAACUAGGUCGAGAAACUUCAGGCAU